AUGCUUGCUUAUUUAAUAAGUGGUUAUGAUAUGAUAAGAAAAGCUUCAAGUAUAAGGCCCAAAAGUGAAGUAAUUAUACCAGCUAUGAACGAUCGUGUACGUUACAAGGUUGAAGGGCACUUUUUCAUAAUUAUAUUGAAUGAUCCAAGCCAUUUGAACUCUUUGACUUUCGAAGAUUUCGUAUAUAUCGCAUUAUUACUAAAGAAGGCCAAUGACACUGAUUCUAUAUUGUUUACAGUUUUACAAAGCUCGGGAAAGUAUUUUUCCUCAGGAGGCAAGUUUUCAGCAGUAAAUGAGUUGAACAAAGAAGAGUGUACGAAUGAAGUGAAGAAAAUAUCAAAACUGAUAUCUGCUAUAUCUUCACCUAAUAUAUUUGUAGCGAACGCAUUCGCUACUCAUAAAAAAAUUUUGGUCUGUUGCUUGAAUGGACCCGCAAUUGGUCUCAGCGCAUCCUUGGUUGCCCUUUGUGACAUUGUUUAUUCGCAAAAUGAUUCUGUGUUCCUUCUUUUUCCUUUCAGUAAUCUUGGUUUUGUUGCAGAAGUGGGUACUUCAGUUACUUUGACUCAAAAACUGGGAAUCAACUCUGCUAAUGAACACAUGAUAUUUAGUACACCAGUUCAAUUUAAAGAGUUACUAGGAACUAUUGUAACUAAAAAUUACCAACUAACCAAUACUGACACCUUCAAUAAAAAAGUCCUUCAAGACUUAAAACAGGAUUUAGAGGGCCUUUACCCGAAAAGUGUACUAGGUAUGAAGGAAUUGCUACACAAAGAAAUGAAGGAGAAUCUUAUCAAAGCGCAGGCAACGGAGACCAAUGGUACCUUGCCUUUCUGGGCAAGCGGCGAACCUUUUAAAAGAUUCCAACAGCUUCAGAAGCGUAAUAGACGUCACAGGUUAUGA